CAGUUGAGAUACAUUAGUAGCUUGUGAACAUCCGAUCGAAGUGCAAUCUUUUAUCAAUUUUGGUCUUUUUUUUGAAGGGAAAAUAAUAAAACAGUGCAAUUUUAUUGAAUUUUUCUGGUGAAAAAUCUUCUGAAAUAAUUAACCAAAAUGGUUUUAAAUGGAUUAUGUUGCAUGAAACUCCGUACGGCGGGUUUAAUUCUUGGUUGGUUGGGCUUGGCAAUGUCAAUUUUCACAAUUAGUGGCACAAUAAGUCGUCUUUUGAGAUACGAUCCAGAUGCGGACUUAUAUGAGACACCAUACGAUCAAUAUCACAGGCAUAGAACUCUACAGAGUGACGUCAUUCUUUUGAUACUUUCAAUUGUCAAUGUAAUUGUUACGGGGAUGCUUAUAAAUGGAAUAACUGCGAACAAACAUCGUUUUAUCAUGCCUUGGCUUAUUGUUAAAGGAUUAGGUCUAAUACUUGUUAUUCCAAUUGGUUUUCUUGUUUUGGCUGCUGCAUCAAUGUCUGGUCAAACAGCCCAUAUUGUAGGCUCAAUUGUUCUUUUAUUAAUUAUUGGUAUAUGUUGCUGGUUUUGGAUGGCAAUUUAUUCACUUUACAAAGAAAUUCAAGCUGCUACAGUUAAAAAACCAUUGACAUAUUUUGAAAAUGGCGCCAAAAAUGGUGAAACCAUUCCAUAUCAAUUAUUUGAAAAGUAUUAAAUAUAAAAAAUGUACUUCUGGAUUCAACAUCGAAGAAUGCAUUUAUUAAAUAUUCGACAAGAAA